GUAUAGUAGAUCACCUCCUCUCUGGCUGAAGUCACAGUGGUCAGGAUGCAAACGAUCAAGACCGUAGAGACCCAGGUGCCCUUUCUGAAAGAGAGCUUUUUCACGACCACCUUUAAGGGAAGGAGGAAGAGCAGUGUGACCAACAUUCUUCGCAAACAACAGCAUGUUACUCAGCAGCAACAGCAGCAGCAACAACAACAACAACAACAACAACUGUACAUUGUAGAAGAAUUUAUUCCCCUCUCAGGUGUAAAUAAACAAGAGCUGCACACUCCAGAGCGUCAGCGGCUUGCUCGCUCGACCAGCAGCCCGUUAUGCAAGACAGCUGAGCGUGUAGCAGCAGAUGGGGAUAGAAAGGAGGGGCAGAAAGAGAUGAAGGAUCAGAGAGUGACAGAGGCUGUGCAGGCGAGGGCGGGGGAACAUGCAGAGAGUGGUAACAAGCCCGCGGCUGUCAGUGCCAGUCUCCUCCUCCUCUCAUCAUCACCAGCAUCAGCAUCAUCAUUGCCAGAGGAGGCAGCAUCAGCAUCACAGCUGCAUUUGUCUGUGGUGGACAGACAACGGGGAUUGGGCAGCUUUGAAAGUACUCCCAUCAGAGGACCGGCGUCAGUCGCCCCCCAGGAGGACACCCAGCGUAGCCAACCUCGAUCUCAGCAGUAUGGCCUGUUAGCCAAGGGUGUACGCCUGCUCAGGAACAUGGGGAACCAAGAGACAAAGCAGAAGAAAGCUGGAGGAAGUGGGGAUGUCUCCGGUGACGGUGAGGCGGAUGAGAAGGAAGUGGACAAAAAAUCCAAAAAGUCCCACAGCAAGUUAAAUAAAGGAGGAGGAGAGCAUAGCAGUAAGAAGAAAUCAAAGACCGAGUCAAAAGGUUCUGUUUUUUCUGGCAUCAGGAAGAGUUUUUCCAAGGCAUUGGCUAAGGAUGACAUGUUGGAAGAUGGAGGAUCGGCGCACGCUGCCAAAGCAGAGCUCAAACCCGGUGCCGAGGUGAGGCUGUCAGUGGACGAGAUGGGAAUGAUAUCAGAUGUUGAAGAUGUCAGCUGUCAAACUGCAGAGAGUCACCAGUCUAUGGUGGAUGAGUUUGGACAGAAGACGAGCUCAGGGUCGGAUGUUGACCUUUACAGUUUUCACUCUGCAGCAGCUGACAAUGAAGACCUGUUGUCUGACAUCCAGCAGGCCAUACGAGACCAGUGUGUGCCUGACGGUGGUGUGCAGUCAACUGGCCGUUUACCAGAAUGCUCAAUCACUAAAGAGCAAAAGGUCCCUGAGAAGGUAACAUUUCACCAGCUAUUUAAUGUGGAUAAUGAAGUUGCUAGUGGAAGUGUUGGCCCGGGAUUAAGUAGUCUGGAUGAUAAAUUGUAUAAAGAAAGCUGUGAUUUUCCUUCAACAAGAAACUCAUCUGGUCCAGGUUCUCUGAGUGAGAGUGGUCCGACAUCUUCAGGCCCAGAUACAGAGACAAGCAGUGGCAGCCUUUUUCCAAAGACCAACAGCACUUACAGCUUCCCUGAUACCACAACCACAACCACAACCUCCUAUGAGAGCGCUGAGGAGCUUCAGGACGACUUGGAGAGUCUGGUGUUUUACCCCCAACAGUGUCAAGAGAAUCAGAGCAAGAACUCAAACAUGCCACGUGUUCACUUGGGUCCUGUUGUGGCAGAGAUGGGACCGGUUGGGUCUCACCAAAGUGCAAGCAGCACGGACCUGUCAGUGGAAAAGAGGGAGGAAGACGAAACUGGGGGACGGGACUUCCUGUCCCUGCAAAGGAGGAAGAAUAGUCUGUCUUUUAAUCUGCUUACAACAGAUACCCCCCCUUGUCCUCAACCCAGAGGAGCAUCCUCUAGCUCCCCCUCCACCGUCAAACUCUACCCUCCAGUCCACCCGUCCUAUGUCAAGACCACCACCAGGCAGCUCACCUCUCCAAUUGGCUCCCCUCUGACCAGCCCUCAUGUGCCCAGGAAAACAGAUGCCGCCGACACUUCAGUGGAAUCCAACAGUUCUCAGGGAUUUAGACGACGAAAGCAGAGGUCGUGCUCCAUCGCUGGGCCGCUCACAAGUUCUGCAGAAUCGUCCACAGAGUUGGACGAGCCGAGGGGAAGGCGAGGUGGUGCCGCCACCUUCUCGGAGCAGACACCAGAGAAGAGUGGGACUUACUGGACACUGGGUUCCAGGAGGACACAUUAUGCCCGACAGAACUCCACGACUUCAGUACCUUACCUGGAUGUCUUCUCAGGUCGCUCUCUGUUGGACAGGCUGUGUCCGCAUCACGGAGACCAGUCGACAGAAGAUGAGGCGAAGGCGUUGUGUCAGCGAAUGUUGCUCCAGGGUUUGUUGCAGCCUUUCAGCCAUGGCUCCCCGGAGCUGCAUGGUGGCAUCACUUCCUCAGCAGCGUUUCAUGAGGAACAGCUGUACACCUGGGCAUCUGUUGGUCUGCCAGUGUCAGGCUACCUGUGGGAACUCUAUGGAGGCCGAGGCCCAAACAGAGUCCAGAACCUGAAGUCCUCUUUGCAUCAAUCAUCAGCCAAGACACCAGGAGCUCUACACUCUCCGACAGAAUCCAGCAGGUUGAAGUCAGGUCAGUCGUCCUCGGAGGAUGAAAGUGGUGUCAUCCCUCAGCUGGAGCGGACAAUCAGUGACCUGCGGAUUAGGAUUGCUGCGUUGCAGGGCCAGCAGGCCAAAAGCAACGGGGAGAAUAAUGUGGACUCUGUGGGCGCUGCCAAUCACAACACUUCACACUUAAGAGAAGGAAAAGUGGGCGAGAGGAGCCAGGAGGUGUCUGUCCAGACAUCACCUGUGCAGGAGGGAUUUAAAUUUGAUGUGCCUUUCAGUGGAGGAUCAAGCAAUACUUUGUCCUCCGUUUCGCCCUCCAUCCCAAAAUCUACAGAGAGCUUUGUUUGCACGUGCCAAAAGAGCAGCGCCCGUCCACUUCCACCGCCCCCACCCCCACCACCAUUACCAAUGGGUGUUGUGCCGCCACCUCCACCUCCACCACCUUUACCUGGUCUUGGACCUUGUCCACCACCUCCUCCUCCUCCACUGCCAGGUUUUGGGCCACCACCACCUCCUCCCUUGCCUGGUGUUAGACUACCACCUCCACCACCUCUGCCUGGUAUGGGCCCUCCUCCACCACCCCUCUGCCUGGUAUGGGCCCCCACCUCCACCCCUCUGCCUGGUAUGGGCCCCCACCUCCACCCCUCUGCCUGGUGGGCUGGAAUGGGCCCCCCACCUCCACCGCCACCCCCAGGCUUUGGGCCUCCACCUCCCAUGCCCUCCAUGUUGGUCCAGGAAGCUGCCGCUGCCAAGGCUGUGAUCGAGCCCCCCAAGCCAAUGAAGCCACUCUACUGGACACGCAUACAGCUGCAUGCUAAAAAACAAGCUGGCUCGCUGGUGUGGGAGAAAAUCGAGGAGCCGGCUGUGAACUUUGAAGAAUUUGUGGAACUAUUCUCGAAAAGUGCUGUCAAGGAGAAAAAGAAGCCAAUUUCUGACACAAUCAGCAAAUCCAAGGCUAAGCAGGUGGUGAAGCUUUUGAGCAACAAGCGUUCACAGGCUGUGGGAAUUCUGAUGUCCAGUAUUCAUCUUGAUAUGAAAGACAUCCAGAAUGCCGUCCUAAAUAUGGACAACGCUGUCGUCGAUCUGGAGACGCUGCAAGCCCUUUACGAAAAUAGGGCUCAAGGUGAUGAGAUGGACGGCAUUAAAAAGCAUUUGAAAGCCUCCAAGGACAAAGAGGACGCAAAGCAGCUGGACAAGCCUGAACAGUUUCUGUUCCAGUUAUCAGAAAUCCCCAACUUCUCUGAGCGAGUGUUCUGCAUCCUGUUUCAGUCAACUUUCCAUGAAUGCAUCACUUCAGUCUUGCGCAAAGUAGAAAUCCUUCAGAGAAUAUGCAAGAUUCUCCAGAGUAGUAAGUGUGUGUUGCAGGUGCUUGGCCUGGUGCUGGCUUUUGGCAACUUCAUGAACGGCGGGAAUCGUUCUCGGGGCCAGGCCGACGGCUUCUCCUUGGACAUCCUGCCAAAACUUAAGGAUGUUAAGAGCAGUGAUAACUCCCAGAGUCUUUUGUCCUACAUUGUUGCUUACUAUCUAAGGCACUUUGAUGAGGAUGCUGGCAGAGAGACAUCUGUCUACCCUCUGCCCGAGCCCCAGGACCUAUUUCAGGCCUCCCAGAUGAAGUUUGAGGACUUUCAAAGAGAUUUGCGCAAGAUGAGGAAAGACCUUUAUGCGUGCUCAGCUGAAACUGAGAAAGUUUGCAAAUUGUCCUCUGAAGAGAACCUGCAGCCCUUUAAGGACAAUAUGGACACCUUUCUUUGCCAAGCUAAAACGGAACUGGAAACACAAGAGAAGCAGCUGACGGACACGCAGAAGAUGUUCUUGGAGUUGAGCUUGUCCUUCUCGGUAAAACCCAAGGCAGGAGAGAAAGAGGUCUCUCCAAACACGUUAUUCUCCAUUUGGCACGAGUUUUCCACUGAUUUCAAAGACCAGUGGAAGAAGCAUAAUCGGCUGAUGUUACAGGAACGGGUCAAAAUGGCGGAGGACUGCUUCAAACAGGCCAGGGAGAAGGCUUCCUACAGUGUAAAACCCAAACACGCCACAGGAAUAAAAGCAAAGCUGGGUCAGAAGAUCUGAAGCAGAAAAUGGAAAAUUAUCAUCAUCAAGCCCUGUUGCACAAGCACUGUUUGUACAAUCGUACAUGAGUCAUCCGUCGUUUUCUACAUUUAUUUGCUUCCCGUCUUUGUUUCCAGUUGAUUUAGAGCUGUUUUUAUUACGCGCUCGCACUUCAAAGUGGACAUUACGAGGACGUUAUAUUGUUUGAGCGGGGAAUUAAAAAAUUAGAUUCUCAGCCAGCUCUUUUGUAGCACCGUCCAGAAAACGUUGCUGAGGCAUCAUUAAGCUGAGAUGAUUAAAUGAAAAAUGAGUCAUUUGCUCACAAAUGUCCAAUGGACAAUUUGUAGCGAGACUAACUCUGAGCUUUCUCACUAUUUUAAAAGCCGUAUGUAGUUUAUUUUCAUUUUUUUAUUCAAAUGAACGUCAUGUUUAUUUAUACUUUAAUGGUGAAAAGCACAGAAUUUUAUAGCCUCUCUAUAUUGUGGUAGCGAGUCACCUGCCAGACAGAAAGUGCCUUAUCGCACACAUGAGUGGUCCAAACGAGCGCUGUCGAGCAGAGAUUAUUUCUACGGAGACAUAUUUGCGAUUAAAUAAUACACGAAAGGAAGAAGAAUCGGCUUUACACACACACGCAGCGAUCCGUGGCAUGUGCUGUUCUUAAUGAUCGUCUCAUGAAGUAUGUUUCUGGACUCCGGCGAUCAUUUUUACCUUUGUUUUACAUGCAGCCCCGAGUCGUGUGAUCAGACGCAGAACCAAUAUUGUUUCAUUCAGGAUUUCGUGAUUCAUUGUGACAUUCAUUCACAAUACCAACCAGAUGUUUUGUCCUUGGCCGUGAAAAAAUAUUUAUUGAAUUAAAGAGAUUGCAUUAAUUUUUAAUAGCAA